AUGGGUGCCAUCAAUAGCUGCAGAGUCCUUUGGGCUUUGCUUUCCAUUCUUUUACUAUGCAGCGCGCAGUCGUCUGUGCCCGUCGCAACUCAACCUAUUGUGUCGGCCGUAACCGUCACCUCUGUGAUUCCUUCAGUGCAGACUGUCUACUCAGUUAUCACGACGUCAUCGACGGAGCCUGCUGCCCUCUCGAUAGCGACCAUCACCAGCAUAAUAUCAGGACAGACAACGACCCUUCUGUCGACUUCGACAGGGGAUGCCAACGCGCGACCAGUAAUUAUUCAAACAAUUACGAGCACUCUACUAUCGACAAUCUCCGUCACCACAACCCAAGUUAUACAAAGCACCAUUGGCUUUACCACCAUUCUCGAACCAGGAACCACCGAGUCUACAACAGAUGUUCCUCCCGUUGGCACUGGUACAGCAUCAUCAAUUACUGAUGCCCUUCUUUCGACAAUCGUUGGAGCGACUAGCCUAGCGUCCACGACCGAGAUCCCUUCUGCUACAAGCUAUAGCACCGACUUGGUUUCUGGAGGUUCGAGCACAUCCACCACCGAACCUGCAUCUGCGACCUCUGGAACAGUCUCUAUAUCUCAAAGUGAUGGAUCUGGUGGAGGCCUUUCUGCAGGAAGCAAAGCUGGUAUUGCCAUUGGGGUUAUUCUCGGUGUGACCGCUCUUGUCGUUGGCGGUUUUCUACUUGGUCAACGAUAUACGCGAAGACGUGGUGCUGGGCCAGACCUGGCUGAAAGUCCGCCCCCCAUGGAAAAGGACGCCUUCCGAGCUGGUCGUCCGUAUGAGCUUACAGGUUCGAAUCGAUUACCGACUGAAAUGUCUGUUGGCAAAAUGCACCCGUACUCAAUGACUACGGCUGAAACCAUCAGUCCCGCCGAGUCUACGAGUGGCAGAUCCUAUGAAAUGCCUGGAAGCAGUGUUUCUCCCUACUCUGAGCCUGCAGAGCUAUCUGCACUGCCGCAACUUGAUGAUAAGGAUCCGUCACCCAUGUAUGUUGGUGUACCUGCUCAUAUGAGUGGUAGCAAGCGGUGGAGUAUGAAAGAGUAUGAGAAAAAAUUAUAA